AUGGAAAAUGUCCUUGAAAAUUGCCAAAGUAAUUUAAAUCAACUUAAGUAUUACAGAAAUAGCUCAAAUUAUGCACCAAAAAAUAAAAAUCGCGAUUUUUCUUUAAAUUUUAAUGUUGUUUCUGAUAAUUUUCAAUGCAUCAAUCAAACUGUUCAAGAUUAUAUCCAAAAAUUCAAUCAACUGGAAAUUAAAUGCAAUUCAUUAGUAGAUAUAUGCAAUAAAAUGAUAAUUGAGAAUGAUAGCAAAGAUUCAUCAUUAAAGGCGAAAAUUGAUGAAAUUGAAGAAAAGAUCAAGAAAGUUUCAAUAUCAAAUGGAAAUGAAUUAAUUUCAAGCCCAAAAAAUGCUCCUGACUUAAAAAUUAUAAAUAACAACACUCCAAAAAGGAAAAAAAGGGGGUUAACCAAUAUAGGGAAUAGUUGCUAUCUGAAUUCAGUUUUACAGAUCUUUGCAAGUGUUCAAAAUUUCGUAGAAAAUAUAAGAAACAUUGAGAAUGACUUAUUUUAUUGCUUAGGUGAUGUACUAUCGUCGAUAACAGAUCCCUACUCUAUAAAAAUAGACGAAAAAUUAAGAAAACUAAGAAAAUUGGUUACUAGCGAAUAUCCUAUGGUAAUUUAUAUAUAG